AAUGGCGGAGAGCAGAGACCAAAGCGAUAACUUGGGUUUGCAAACGCGAGUGCGCCGUCAUUGAAACGCAGAUACCACCCACAAGUGAUCCUCGGAGUUCCUUACGGUUCGCCACUGCCGAUGGGAUAUAAGUCGGACGCAGCGACAAAGGGAUUUUCGGAACAAGGUUUGGAUUUAGCGAGCUGGUUAGCUAGCUAAGCUAACCGUGCUAGCAAGCCUGGCGUUAGCUAGCUCCAAGUCGUGUGUGUGAUUUUAACUACGCAGGCUUGUUUGUCAACAUAAGCUGACGUUAAAUUGCUAGCGAGCCAGCUAACACGCAACUUUUCUUUGCCCGGUUUCCAAGCGAACCCACUCGGGUUUACAACAUGUUUGCCACAGCUCACCGCAAAAUUAUUAACCCUAAGUAACAGGGGAUAAAAAAAAAGUCAAGACAUCUGACUAUCCUUGACUCGAGCAGGCACUAAGUUAAGCUGGUUAGCUAAAGUUAGCUAACUGGCUUGUUUCACGCAAGCUGCCGUCUGCAUGGGAAUUAAUCAUCCAGCGUGACAACUUACAGCAGGACCCCGUGGGCUCUUUCUCGUUAUAUACAAAUUAAACGGACAACUAAACAGUCAGAGGCCAGCAGGCUUCUCCCCGCACCUGGGAUGGUGCCAUGUGACAGAGCGGCCGUGGAGCCAUAACCCAGCCACCACUACUGCUCCAUCACUUUGACUCCAAGCUGUUUGGCCACCACUGAUUUCGCCACCGGCCCCCCUCCCAGUCGCCCCUGCCUCCCUUUAUCUUUGCUCUGAGCCCUGGACAAGGCCGACCACAGCCAACACAUGACUCACCCACUGGAGCCCUAGAUCAAGUCAGUUAAAGCUGAAAAUGAGUGCAGUAGGGGAAAAUCCCCUGGACCCUGCCACGCCAGAGUCACGCAAGAGGAAGGGCUCACCAUGCGACACAUCAGGGCAAAGUGUGGAGAAGCGGAGACGGGAGCUGGAGUGCCGCUACAUCGAGGAGCUGGCUGAGCUGCUGUCAUCCAACAUGGGCGACAUUGCCAGUCUCAGUGUCAAGCCUGACAAGUGCCACAUCCUCAAGAGCACCGUGGACCAAAUCCAGCAGAUGAAACGGCGUGAGCAGGAGAAAGCGGCUCUUCUGUCUCCCGAUGAUGAGGUGCAGAAGAGCGACAUCUCCUCCAGUAGCCAGGGGCUGGUGGAGAAAGAGGCACUGGGGCCCAUGCUGCUAGAGGCCCUCGAUGGGUUUUUCUUCGUCGUCAACCGGGAGGGCCGCAUCGUCUUUGUUUCUGAGAACGUGACGAGUUACCUUGGGUACACCCAGGGCGAGCUGAUGACCUCAAGCGUCUACAGCAUCCUCCAUGUGGGAGACCACAAUGAAUUUGUUCGCAAUCUGCUGCCCAAAAGCCUCGUGAACGGUGUGCCGUGGCCACAGGAACCUGGCCGAAGGAACAGCCACACCUUUAACUGUCGCAUGCUGAAGAGGCCACCGGAUGAGCUGGAUUCAGAAAAUCCGGAGGCUCGGCAGCAAUAUGAGAUCAUGCAGUGUUUCACUGUGUCCCAACCACGGACCAUGCAGGAGGAGGGAGAGGACCUGCAGAGCUGCCUGAUCUGUAUUGCCUGUCGGAUACCUCGCGCCCAGCCUUUCAGCACUGAGUCUUUCAUCACCAAGCAGGACCCCACUGGGAAGAUCAUCUCCAUAGAAACUAGUGCUUUGCGAGCAACAGGCCGGCCUGGCUGGGAGGACCUGGUCAGGAAGUGCAUCUACGCUUUCUUUCAGCCGCAGGGCAAAGAGCCCUCCCACGCCAAGAAGCUGCUGCAUGAGGUGAUGACCCACGGCACCGCCAUCAGCCCGUUGUACCAUUUCACGUUAAGUGAUGGCACCCCGCUCAGCGCUCAGACCCGCUGCAAGUUCUGCUGCCCCCCCAACCCUGACGUACAGCCCUUCAUUAUGGGCAUUCACACUAUUGACAGGGAACACAACACUGCUAGCUCUCAGGAAAACACUAACCCCAGCCUUCCACCGACCCUCGGCAGCCUUGCCCAAACUCCCUCCCGCUCCCCUUCCCUUCCUCCCGGCAGCAACUGGACCCAAGGCUCAGGCCUCGCCUCCUCGGGCCUUCACCCCAACAACACCAACACCUCCCCCCACGGACAUAAUCCAGCCACACCCACAGGCUACCUGACGCCCAAUCGGACCUGUCCCCAGCAGGUCAACAGCCCCUCUCCUUUGAGCAGCCCACUCACAGCCACCCCUACCUCUUUUAUGUCGCCCAGGAUGCCACGGGCCAGUCCUGGGUUAGGGGGAAGUCCUCGGGUACCGGGGAACCCCUUCUCUCCUUCCACACCAGGCCUCCACUCCCCAGCCGGGGAGCUAAGUAGUGGAGGCAGCCUCAACAGGCAGCAGUCCGGCGGCGAUGGUAGUAGUGGCGCCAGCGGUGGGUCGACGGGGUCCUUCUCCCUGUCCUCUCCUGUCCUUCAGAGACAAGCCAGUACACCCACCGGCUCCUCUACUCGGCCUCCAUCUGCAAAAGAAGGAGAAGGGGGGGGAGAGGACUCUGGUAAAGCCCCCCUUCCUUCUGCCUCCCAGCUGGGUAACCCCAGACUCAGUCAGCUCCUGGAUAGCAAUGGGACGGGAGCUGAAUCCAACAACAACAGAAUCCACUGCACCUCAUCACCUCAUCCUCCGAACCCUCCUCCCGCCCCUCAGUGCCCUGCCUCACACAGUACUCUAACGGAACGACACAAGAUUCUGCACCGGCUGCUGCAGGACACCAGUCCCAAUGACACCUCCACCACCAGUGAGGAAGGACUAAACAAAAAUGACAUUGAGAUCAAGAAAGAGCCGCCUGCCAGUCCGGCUCUGACCGCAGCACCUCCAAAGUCCGGCUCCGGCUCAGGCUCCAGCUCCAGAGAGCCACAGGACCACCAACUCCUCCGAUUUCUCCUGGACACAGACGAAAAGGACCUGGGGGACCUGCCACCUCCAUCUGCUCUCAGCCUGCAGACGGUUAGAGUAAAAGUGGAGAAGAGAGCCAGCGUGGAUGGAGUGCCGUGUUCGGGGUCUGCCGCUGCAGCAGGAGGUGCAUCCAAACCUGCAGGAGUUUGCAGCAGUUCGGCGUGCAUCAGCCCAAAAUCGAGCCCCAUCGGAGAGAACCGUCGAGACAGCCGCAGAGACAGCCGAGACUCCACGAUGUCUGGUGGCCCUGUUGACAUGGACCCUCUCACCCAGCUGCUGCCUGGCCUGAGAGGCCCGAGUGGGGCCAAGCAGGGCAGCGAGGAUUCAUCCACCCCUGGAGGAGGCCCCCAGCUCCACUCUCCAGCCCCUCAGCCCCCAGCUCAACUCCAGUCCCCCUUGCCUCAGCUCCAGUCCCCUCUGUCCCAGCCCCAGUCGCUUCCCCAGUUGCAGUCUCCGUCGCCCCAGCUCCACUCCCCUUCCCCCCAGCUCAAACUGCAGUCACCCACUCAGCUCCAGCCCGGUGAGGCCAGCACUCCCCGCAAUGUAAAUGUGAAGAGAGAGCCUCCAGGCACUCCUAACAGAGGACUCAGUGAUGGCGGCCCGCCCUCCGGCUGCAACCUCCAGAGUCAGUCAUCCUUUGACUUCUGCAGCCCCCCGACUCCAAGCCAGACACAGACCCAGGGCCAAGGAGACCCCUUCCAGACCCCGAAAGACAGCAGCCCCUUUCCAGAGGCAGAAAUUAUCAACCCAUUCAGUUCAAGCACUGGCCUGUCCAAGAUGGAUGUGGGAGAAUCCCAGUUCCAGCCUCUGGCUCUGUCUGACACCUUGUCCUUCGAUGGUCUUGGAACCCCUUUACAAGCUCCCUUGGCAUCACCACAAGAGCAGUGUGUGCCCUGUACGCUGGAUGAAGUGCUGGGCCCUCCGACAACCCCCGAGGGCCGCAACGAUGAGAAAGCUCUGUUAGAGCAGCUCGUCUCCUUCCUGAGUGGGACUGAUGAGAGUGAACUGGCUGAGCUGGAUAAGGCCCUGGGUAUCGACAAACUGGUGCAGGGUGGCUGUUUUGACCCCUUGCCUCAAAACUUCCCGACCCAGCAACCCACUGCCACCCCAGGUUCCAUGGACCCUAAACUCCCUACCUACCCUUCCCAAUUCACACCAGCUCCACAAGCUCAGUUUCCUCCAGAGCUGGCCACAGUGGUGGGGCCACAGGGCCUGGGGUUCGGAGCCCCCCGAGCAGCUUUUCCCGGCAGCACGGCGGGCGUCGGGCUGAGGCCGGGCAUGACGCGACCGCAGGGGAUCGGCACUCAGCUCAGGCUGCCACCCAAUCAGCUGCGCCUGCAGCUGCAGCAGAGGCUGCAGGGCCCACAGCAGCUCCAGAACAGGAUGGCAGGCAUGAAUCCGUUUCCUGGAGGAGCCCAGCAUGUGAACAUGGGGAUUCGUCAGGGGGUCCAACAACCUCAGAUGCCCUCUCAGCAGCCUCCGCUGAAUGCCCAGAUGCUGGCCCAGCGUCAGAGGGAACUCUACAGCAUCCAGCACCGCCAGCGCCAGCUUUUCCAGCAGAAGGUCAUGCUGAUGAGACAGAACAUGGCGGGCGCUCCGACUGGAGCCGUGGGGCCCAUCGGAACUGCCAGGGUCCCGAAAGGUCCCCCAACAACGCCUCAACAGCAGCAGCAGCAGCAGCAACAGCAGCAGCAGUUCAACUUCCCACCAGGGUACAACCCGUUGACGGGAAAAUCCCCUACCUCACCAAGUCACUUCAGCCCCAUGACCGGGGGCCCCCUGGACAACAAGCUGCCCGGCAGAGUUCCCCUGAAUAACCAGACGCUGUUGGGCGGCGUGCAGGGCCAGUUCAGCAGCACCGUGAACUCCUCAUUGCAGCAGGGCCUGUUUCAGCAGUUUGGAGGGUCUGCCAUCACCCAGCCAGACCCAUCUUUCCCUGCUGAGAUGAGCCCGACCAGCCCAUUGUUGUCACCUCAGAACUCCACCUCCCAGAGUCCUCUGCUUCAGCAAGCCCCACCCCCUGGCUACCAAUCACCAGAAAUGAAGAGCUGGCAACAGACAGGCAUGGGCAGCAACAGCCUGUUUAGUCAGUCAGGACAGAGUGCAGGGCAGGCUUUUGGCCAGCAGGGGGUUUACAACAAUAUGAGCAUCACCGUCUCCAUGGCCGGGGGCUCAGGUGGUGUCGGCUCAUUACCUCCCAUGGGGCAGCCGGUUGGCAUGAGCAACAGUAACCUCAGCAACGUCGGUUCAGUGUGCAGUGACCAGCAGGUGCAGCAGGUUCAGGUGUUUGCAGACGUCCAGUGCACAGUGAACCUGGUUGGCAGUGACUCCUACCUGAACCAGGGCUCCAUCGGAGCCACGGCCUCCCAGAAGGGCCCCGGACCGCAGGGCUCCCAGAACAACCAGGCCCAGCAGAAGAGCCUCCUCCAGCAGCUGCUCACCGAGUGACAACCCACAACCCUGUUCAGCUAUCCUAUACUCCCUCUACUUCUCACUUCUACGCCUCCUCCUUGGAGGUCGGUGCACCAGACCCAUUGCUGUCUCUGUCUCACCUUUUGGAUGGAUGGAUGGAUGUUUGGACGACCACACAAGUAGGCUCGGAGGGGUUUGGCUGCUGGUGGAGUUACGCAGCCUGCCCAUGUCUGUGCGGAGGGGAUUCAGGGCUGGUUGUCUUACCGCCCAGUACUUUAAGAAAAGACUCAAGUCAGAAGGAGCAGCAGUGUAUUUAAACCUGCCUGUCUAAUCUGUCUGACAACCUGUCUGUCUGCCUCAGCCUAUUAAAGGCAGUGUUGUCUUGCUGCUCAUUCCUUGGUGACCUACUUCCUGCUUCCUGACCCAAGAAAACAACUGCGACAUCAUUGUAGAUUUGCCAAGUUGUCGUCACUGUCAAAUCAGGGCCGGCCUCCUUUUUUUUUCUUUUUUCUUUUUUUUUUUUUUGCCUUUCGUUUUUUUGUUUUGUGAUGGGAUGGUUUCUGUCAGGCCGUCGCAGCAGCAGUGCAUCUUGGGAGCAUGAGUUGCAGCAUACAGCUGAGCUCAUCAUUUAAAGUGUGGGAGUAUCCCACACAGCAGUACCUCUGGCUUUUUAUUUUUGUUUGUUUUAUUUUGUUUUGUUUUGUUUUUUCCUCUACCUGUCUCUCAGCGAUGUGGGAAUGUUAAGGUUUCAGACCUCUGUGGCAUUGUGGGAUAGAAGCUCAGUAUCAGCUGGUUCUGUGACUGUCUCUCUCUAUCAGCUACAGUGCCUGGUGGAAGUUUGAGUUUUUCCCAAGCUCUGCUUCUUCUUCUACAUAUUAUUCUAUUACGUCUUCUUGUUUUUAUUUUUAUUUUUAUUUUUUGGGUUGAAUUGUUUUGUUUUAAAAAAAAUCUUCUGCUCUCACCGUCGUCAUCGUCAUCAUCAUCUUCACGAUCAUCAGAACAAGCUUUGACAACAGCCAGAAUGGAUUGACGGAUGGAUGGAUGGAUGGAUGGAUGGGAGACAGACGGGAUGCUGCUCAGUUUGGAACUUACGUGUCUUUCUCCCCCCACCCCCCCCACCCCACCCCCCGGGAGGAGGUUUUAUUUUUAUUUUUCUCAAAGUAUAAAAAAAGAGACUGUUAUGAUUAUUUAACUGUCUGUCCGUCACAUUUUACCCCUCACCUCAGCAGCUGUGAAUACAGAGCCCUGUUGGGUUCUUUCUUUCUCUCUUUCUCUCACUCUCUCUGUGUAUCUUUCAUGCUAUCUCUCGGCCUAUCAGUGUUGUUUGCCAUGUGCACCAUGCAGGCGGGUAGUAUUGUACAGUACAGAAGGACAAAGACUUGGGGGUGAGCUCACUCUUCUCUUGUAACUGCUUUCCUCUAAAAAAGAAAAAAAGUGUAAUUAAUUGAUUACUCAGAACAGCAAAACUAUGUAUAAUGUGAUUCGAUCCAGGUUUCUAUUUUUUUAAAUUCUAAUAAUGUCAGCUCAUGGUUUUUGAGAUUAUUUUUUGGCAUCAUGAUAUUGUAACACCGCCACAUGUUGCAGUGGAGGAGGGAGUUAUUCCAUCUUCUGAAAUGUGAAAAGAAAAUUUUAAAAGCAAUUGAUUAUGAAACAUAGCUAGAAUCUACGCUCCCUUCGACAUCUCAUCCAGUGCUACAGGAAGCCACGAAACUUUCCGAAGAAUAUUAAAAAAAACGGGGUUGGAUUACUUUGCUUUCUCUUGUGGUAACCAGGGAGCUAGUUAGCCAUCUUUUCUUGCUUUCUCCUCUUUUUUUAUUCUUAUGUAUGUACAAUACUUUGGAGAAAACUUCUCACACAGUACAUGUGUUUGCAACCAUUGUAUAAAAAAAAGCAUAAUGAUACCUUAAGCUGCGUUCUUUGCUGUGAUUACGUGACCUCUGGUGAUGCUAACGGUACUGAGCUGCAUUGACGUUGCGCCCGUCGUCACAGCAAAAACAGCGCUCUUUCUGGAUAUUGUUCCUAUAUAAUGACAUUUAAGUAGAGGCUUUAGUAAUAGAAGUUCCUAACACAGAUGUGAUGGAUAAUUCAUUUAAAGCUGUUAUGAAAUUGAAUCAAAACAGGAUGGGUUGAGUCACCAAAAAAAGAGAUAUUAUUUUCUUCUGCAAAACCUGUUUUAUCAGUGUUCUUUUGUUUUUGGGGAUUCAACCCUCUCCUCCGUCCACCUCUGGUUCCCUGAUGAAGACUUCACUCCACUGGCUAAACACACAUGCAGUUUUCUGUCGACUACUGUUGCUCAGUCAGACACUGUCUCUCUCAGCGAUAACAGACCUCUGUUAACUAAAAAAUGUGCUACUUAUAGUACACACUCUACCAGGAAGUUAGAAAAAGGAAAAACCCUGCCGAGACAUUGCCUCUAAAUAUUCUUUACAUGACUCAAUUAAUGUAAAGAUGUCGGGUGUAAGAAAUACCUGACACACUCUACCCAAAGGUUUGAAGUGUAGGAUGCUAUAAGGACUGAAGUCACACAUGUUUUGUAUCAGUCUCUCUAAGGGAUGUUUUGAAUCUUUUGAAGUGAGGCUGUAUGAGGUACCUAUCCUUAGUUAGUGUAUUGCCUAUGGUAGACGUCAGCCAGCACGCCCCCACUUUGGAGAAGCAGGCAGGAGUACCGCCACAGUGAUGGCAGUGUAAACAGCCGGAAUAAAGACAGUUUAUUUGCCCCAAUUCUGAGGCAUCGUUUAUCCUGAGUCUCAGCCAAGUCAGGCAACCAGGUGCAGCCCAACUUAUUUUUUUCAGCAUACCAAGUUUGGGCCGAUGCUAGGCUAAGUCAUUUUUUGGUUCCAGUGACAGCAAUGUUGGCAGCCGGAAUCAGGCCAGGUUAUUUGGCUUGAUUCUGGGGCUUGAUUCAUCCUGAGUCUCAGCCUAGGAUAGACACCGGAAGCGGCCCAACUUAUUUCUUUCAGUUGGCCAAGUUUGGAUCCAUGCUGGACCGAAUCAUUUUUGACAACAGCCUGGUCACAGCAGUGUAGGCAGCCGGAAUCAGGACAGUUUAUUUGCCCCGACUCUGAUCCGUCAUUCAUCCAAAAUCUCAGGCAAGUCGGUGCGCCAAGUUUGAGGCGAUGCUGGGCCAAGUUAUUUUUGAUGACAGCCUAGUGACAGCAGUUUUGGCAGCCGGGAUCAGGCCAGGGUAUUUGGCUGUCAUUCUGGGACAUCGGGGAUGUCAUUCAUCCCGAGUCUCAGCCAAGUCGGGCAACUGGGUGUGGCCCAACGUAUUUCUUUCAGCGUGCCGAGUUUGGGCCGAUGCUGGGCCAAUUCAUUUUUGAUAACGGCCCAGUGAUGGCAGUGUCAGCAGCUGAAUUUGUGACAGGUUUUUGGCCUGAUCCUGGGGCGUCAUUCACCCAAGUCUCAGCAAUACAACAGCUUCAGUUCCCUGUCUGAAAGGGCUGUCUGCAUCACGGUAAAGUGGUGAAAAUAGGACUUUUUUAUUUAACUUUCUAUAACUAAAAUGUGUUUGGUUGCUGCUCCAGUCAACAGCAGUUCUUUGCUUAGCUUCCAUGGCGGUACUCUUGAAGCUCCUCCAAGCACUAAGCGUGCCGACUGACAUCUAUUUUAUUUAAUAUGCCGAUUAUGGUUAAGUACCUCAUAGAACCCCACUUCAAAAAAUCUAAACCAUCACUUUAAGGCCUUUCUACACAGGAGUAAUUUUAUCAGGGAGCAUCCAGUGAUCUGUACCAACCACAAAGGUCCUCUUCUGUCAAAUCUGCCACGUCUCUACUCCAGCACAACAUCACAUGUUCCCUGAUCUACUGUGUGAUUCCUCGUUCUUGGUUCAUUGUUUCUCUCUUCCUUGUGUCGUGGAAACUUGGGGACAGUAGUGGAAUCUGUGGAGAGGGUUUGUUUUUGUUUUUGUUUGCACACAGCAUAGACCUCACAUCCCGAUAUUUGUUUCAUCACCUCUCUGUAAAUGCAACUACCUAACUCAUCACUUAAAUUAGGUCAACAACAUUACAGUCCACUUCAGUGGAAUAGGGCUUUCCUGUGUACUGUUUUUAUUUUUACAGAGAUACUUUUACCAUAUGCAACAGAUAUAGAGGGAUAGUAUGCAAGGUCAACAUUCCACCCACCAACUCUUCGAUGUUGUAUGAUGUGAGAACCACUUUGUGCUCCGCUGAAAAGCUCUGUGUGUGUAUUUGUAUGUGUUUAUGUACAGAUCCAAACAGAGGCUCAGGAACAGUCGUUAAUCUUUCUUAAUAACUUUAAGUCCUAAAUGCAGGAAAGUUUUCCUCCUGGACUCAAAACAGAAUUUUCAAAACUGAUUUACCAAUGGGUUUCUAUUUUUUCUACUUCUACAUUUCUGUGUAUGUAUUUAUUACAAACCAUCCAUAGAGCGUCUCUUUAUUACCUCAUUGUUUUAUCGGACAGAAAUUCUGUGUUAUGUUCUUUCCUUUUGACCAUGUUUUCACACUGCGAGCAGCUUUUUUGAUCAGAAAAACCCUGCAAAUGUUUUUGCUUUAUCUGUUUAACAUUUGGCAGUAUAACAUGGUUUUGAUUCAACGAUGCUGGCUAUCAAGCACUUCUUAAAUUGAGAAUGAGAGAAAUUAACAACCGGAGAAAUUUUUACAGGAGAAGCUAGAAUAUGAAUCUUGGUCCUUUUUGGUGACUAAUAAUAAUACUGAUCACGAAAUGCAGCACAAUGUGCUUUAAAAGAAAGCCACUAUAAGGACUGAGUGCUUCCCCAUGAAAAUAGAAUGAACAUGAAACAGAGUCUAUUCAUAACAUCAUGGAGUUGUAAAACUAUAAAUGAUAAAAUCGAGUAAGAUUUUAAAACGGUUGCAGCAGGGUGACGCGUACAUGGAAAGUAAAAGUGUAAAAAGAAAGAGUUUCAGACCUGUAUUAGGAAUAUGAGAGCUAGUUAAAGGCUAAUGUGUUUAUAGAUUUCUUUUAAAAAAUUUUAGCGAGCUAGCUCCCCUGAUCAAUAAGUAGUGUUCAUAGCUUUGGGCCGUCAUUGACAAAGGCUGCAUCCCGAUCGUCUUCCUUAUUAACUAAACUUAAACAAUCAAAAUUUGGACACCAAUGCAGUAGUAAACUGAAUCCUACCUGCAAUUUACUUCAUUAAAGGACCCAUAUUGUCACUUUUUAGACAAGAUUCGAUUCCACUUUUGGUCUCUGAUGAUCAGCAGUUGUACUUCCCUUUAAGGAGUUGGAGAGGGACUCAGAAAGCAAAGCAAGGACAGAGUUUCAUAAAACAACAGUCAAUAGAGUCUGAGGCUUUUGAUUGCCUGCACUUAGAUUAAUGUCCAUUUUAGCACUUAGGGCAGUGUUCUCAAUCGUUUCAUGUCAAGGACCCCUGAAUUAAUACGCUGUCGGUCACAGACCCCCAUUUGAUAAGAUUUUAUUUCAGGCACCUCCAUCUGAAAGGAUUUUGGUUGUUAGGUCAGAAAAGUCUUACUCACAUUGGACUUACUUUAUAGUGAAAAUAAGCUAUUCCCCCUGGAACUCCGUCAAGGACCCCUGGUUGAGAAGCACUGUACGAGGCAGCACUGUUAUACAGAAAAAGAAAGCCCAUUAGAAAUCUGAUUUCCAAUUGGUGACAAGCGUCUUGAGUAACUAACCUUGUCAUGUUGCUUGUUAUUAUAGAUCAGGCUUCUCACAGUGUGAACUCACCAGUCAGACGCUCCUGUGCCGCUGUUUGCUCGAUGUAAAAUACUCUAAAGAGACAGAAGCUCAGCACAAAGUGGAAGAAUGUUUCUAUUUCUGGAAGGAUUAUGCCAGUCUCAGCCUCCUCUUGUUUAUCUGCUCUGAUGUUUUCACACAUACAGUAUUGACACCCCCCCCCCCCCCUUUCACUUUUCUGCGUGGAAUAGGCAUUCCUAUGGAAACAGUUUCCUCUACAAAACCCUGUCAACUGCAGAAACAGCAACUGUCAGCUUAUCAAAAACAUGCCAAAUACAACCAAUGUAAUCUUUUUUUUUUUUUUUUUUUUAAUGUUAUGAAACAGCCAUUCAACGGAAAACGACAGUCCCUCCUUCCUCACUACAAUUAACAGGUACAAGGUUCUUUUAUAACAUUGGUUUCAAGAUGUUAACAUAAUGUAUAUAACAGAGAAAUGUGAAUAUGUAUUUGUUCAGAAUCAACAAAAAAAAGUAGUGCUCCGAGUUUGUGGUAAAAAAAAAAAAAAAAAAAAAAAUCUAAACAAAAAAAAAACUACUCGCCUCAGUCAUGUUUUUAUUUUAUGUUUUCUACUUUUUUAUUUUUCUGAUGAUGUAUGUAUGUAUAUGACUAUCAGUGAGUGUGUAUGUAUGUGUGUGAUUAAUACUGUAUAUCUGGUGUUCUCUAAGAUGGAAAAGUGGAAGAUGUCCUGGUUUGAUUCUUUUCUUCUUUUUACUCUUUAGACCCUGCACAGUACCUGUGGGUGUUUCAGAUAACUAUGCCAGAGAAUGGUUUAGCGACUGCUGAAUGUGAUUUUACUGAGAGAGAAGCAGUGUGGACUGGCUUUUUGUACGGGUUAAUUUAAAAAAAAAAAAAAAAAAGGCCAUAUUAUUUAAUUUUCUCUGUUGUCAAAAGUUUAAGCAGAUCUGGGAGAGUGGAGCCUUGGUUUUAUGGAGAAGCAUUGCCUGGUUGUUGUAAAUGAGUGGGCUUUUAUUUUUUUAUUUUCUAACUGUCUGACUGAUGUAGCCUUUUUUUGCAUUUGUCAAUAGUAAAAUGACCAAAGCUUCAAGAUGUUUGAUGGAUAUCAUAUGCAAAACCUCAUCAUCACUGGACAAGACAUAAUGUAGCGGCCCUUUUAUUUUUUGUCAAUUUGGAUUUCUCACACAGCGACAUUCUGCUGCUGUUUGUUUUGCAUGUUCGUCUUUUCCUUCGCUCGUUACUUUCUUAGACACAAUCUGUCCUUUAAAGCAGCCUGACGUCGGGUCGCUUUAGAGACGUCUCCACUUUGCCAAUGAGGUCUUUUUUGUGCCUGAAGUGCUAUCACUCGUUUACAGGAAGAAAAGAAAACAUUGCAACCGAUAGCUAUGCACCUUACUGAAACAAGCAUUUCCUCAUGUUGACUUAGGUAUGUAGAAUUAACACUGGAGCAACACUAAAUCAUUAAUUUCAUAGGCAAAGUAUUUGUAGUUACUUUACGAAAACAAUGAAAGCCCCUUCAGUUAGCGUAGUGAAUUUAGUUGAUCUCUGAUGACCUCUCUCAGCUUUUAAUCGCAUUCUUGGAAAAAGAAAAGUUUUUUUUUUUUUUCCAUUAACUGAAUACUUUAUACCAAACUUAAGGUGCCUCGUGUAUAUACUUUCUGCAGUAAAGAUUGCUCCUUUGCUGUUUAACAAUAAUAACCUUGUUAACCAGGGUUUUUUUAAACCUUUUUUCACCUUUAUAAAAAAAAAAGUUUACUGUAUUUUAAAUGAACUUUUUUACACAAAUAGAAGAUUAAUCAAAUUAUUCCAGGAAUUUGCAAAUACAAUCUAAUUUUGCACUUUAUAUCAGAUUUACUUGGAGUGACAAGGCCAUCAGAAACUGUCUCAAUCAGAUCAGUAUUUGGAGAUAGAAUAAGUCCCCUGAAUGUACCAAGAAAAUUAUUGACUAGCUCAGGUUCUUUAUGAAGAACUUGACUGUAGUGGAUACCCAUUAUCCAAAUGACGACUAAAAAUUGUACACACUUUACCUUCUUUGUAAUGUAUCUCGUGUCCCUUUCUUUUUCUGUCUACACCAACCAAUCCUCAGUAUUAAUACUAUGCCAAUCUUCUUCAGGUGACCCCCCUCCACCCCUUCUCUUCCUCUCUGCGCUGUCAGCUGACAUCUGGCGAACUGUUAAAAAAAAAAAAAAAAAAACUCCAGCUCGAACUCUCAGAACAUUCCUGCUCACAGCACAGUUUCAGCAACCGUCAACACUUAGCUCUGUAGCUGCUGCCACAGCUUGGCAUUCACUUUUCCCGCAGCUUUGAACGUGUUUUUCCUUAAACCAAGGUGGACACUCGCUUUUCCUUAGUUCAAGUCUGGUUGUGUGAGACUUAAUCUCUGCUAUCUAGCAACAAUUGUGCACUGACAUAAAUGACAACACACUAACUGUGUUGCUUGUCUUCUCUGUUCGCUUGUCUUGUCACACUUCCGUGCUGCAUAAUGUGGAAUAUGUUGUGGUGUGCCAAUGACACCAAGACCAGGCUGAGGCUUGGUGCAGGAUCGGGCCAAUGUGUGGUGCAGGAUUGGUUUAAUGUUUGGUGCACGAUUGGGCCAAUGUCUAGUGCAGGAUCGGGCUAAUGUCUGAUGCAGGAUCGGGCCAAUGUCUGGUGCAGGAUUGGACCACUGUCUGAUGCAGGAUCAUGCUGAAGCCUCAUGCAGGAUUGGGCUAAAGCCUUGUGCAGGAUUGGGCCAAUGCCUGGUGCAGGAUUGGACCAGUGUCUGGUUUCAGUAUUGGACCAAUGUCUGGUGCAUAAUCAGGCUAAUGUCUGGCGCAGGAUCGGGCUAAAGCCUCGUGUUGGACCGGGCUAAGCCCAGGCCAGUGUCCAAUGUAGGUUAUCAUGUUUGGUGUCAUGGAAAUUCAUAGCAAAAAAACAAAAGACAAAAAUACAUUUGAAGCAUAAAAUAUAUUCCAUACAUGAAAGGAGGAUAGAGUUUGAUCAGUUUUUUUUUUCUGAAGCAUUCUCAUUGGUCCAAACUGAUAUUUGUGCACCGCUAAGACUCUCCAUAGUCCUUAAACUCCCACUCAUUCCUAAUGCAGGUGUUCAAAACUAAUCUCUACUCUGUGUGAACAGCAUCAGUAAAGUAUUGUAAAGUGCUGUCGUAUUGGGACUGAGGUUGGAUAUGGUUCAGAGACUUUACAAGAAGGCUUGUUAUUAACUCACCACUUUGUGUUGGUUUUAGGGGGAUGGUAAUGCUUUCUCUGGAAAAUUUGACAAAAAAUGACCAAGGUUCCACUUUCUCCCUUGUACAAAUUAAUAUAAAUAAAUAUAUAUAAAUAUAUAUUAUACAUUUUACUCAUUUUUGUCCAGUUUUGUAUAUUACACUCAUGUAAAGUUUGUUUUUAAAAGAGGCAUCGGAGCAGCUAUUACAAGACAAUAUGAGAAUAUGUUCAUCUGGGAGAAUUUUAUGCAUGUUAUAUUUUCUCUUUUUCUCUCUCUCUAUCUCUCUCUCUGUCUCUUUUAAUACCCCCCGACCCCCCUGUUCAGGUGUGUAACGUGAAUAUAAAGAAAUCUACCUUUUCUUUGGAAUGUUGUAGACAAUCAGUCUCAGGCUGGGUCCAGUCCCUGCAGGGAGUGAGAGCCCUGUAGGCUGAUAGACAAACAAAAAACUAUUUUUGUUUGACAAUUAAAAAACUUUUAUUUGCAUCUACUGGAAGUCUAAAUUUGGAGGUUUGUUCAUUCAUAUGUUCGUGGCUGCUCAAGUUUACACACACACUUCUCUACUACACUCAAAACACAAACACCUCGUGCAUUUGAUCCCUCUGCUUUUUUUUUUUUUUUUCCAAGG